CUUCAAAUCUCCCUCCCUGGAAACGCACACAACUGUGGUAGUGGUGUAUCGUGUGCUGGUACGUUGCAGAUGGCGAAGGACAUCGAGGUGGCGGAGCAGGGGGAGUACACCGCCAAGGACUACACCGACCCACCACCGGCGCCACUCGUCGACGUGGAGGAGCUGACCAAGUGGUCUUUGUACCGGGCGGCGAUCGCGGAGUUCAUCGCCACCAUGCUGUUCCUGUACGUCACCGUGUUGACUGUGAUCGGGUACAAGCACCAGUCGGACCCCAACGUGAACCCGACCGACGCGGCCUGCAGCGGCGUCGGCAUCCUCGGCAUCGCCUGGGCCUUCGGCGGCAUGAUCUUCAUCCUCGUCUACUGCACCGCCGGCAUCUCCGGUGGGCACAUCAACCCCGCGGUGACGUUCGGGCUGUUCCUAGCGCGAAAGGUGUCGUUGGUGCGCGCCUUCCUCUACAUAGUGGCGCAGUGCCUGGGUGCGAUCUGUGGCGUCGGCCUCGUCAAGGGGUUCCAGAAGGCCUACUUCGUCCGCUACGGAGGCGGCGCCAACGAGCUCAGCGACGGCUACUCCAAGGGCACCGGCCUCGGCGCCGAGAUCAUCGGCACCUUCGUCCUCGUCUACACCGUCUUCGCCGCGACCGACCCCAAGCGCAGUGCUCGCGACUCCCACGUCCCGGUUUUGGCUCCCCUACCGAUUGGAUUCGCGGUUUUCAUGGUCCACUUGGCGACGAUCCCGAUCACGGGCACGGGCAUCAACCCGGCGAGGAGUUUCGGAGCCGCCGUCAUCUACAACAAGGACAAGGCCUGGGAUGACCAGUGGAUCUUCUGGGUGGGGCCGGCCAUCGGUGCUGCCAUAGCUGCAGCUUACCACCAAUACGUCCUGAGAGCGAGCGGUGUCAAGGCGUUGGGUUCCUUCAGAAGCAGUGCGUGAAGCCCUCCUCCUCCUCCUCCUCCUCCUCCUCCUGUUCUUCUUCCUCAGGCUGGACGUCACUGGUGGAACAUGGAAACUGUAGAUAAGAAACCCUCUCAUGUGGAGGUUGUGCCGUAUCAUCGUCGUCAUCAUCUCAUUCGUUCUCCUCUAUGAAUUAAUGCAUUUGGGUGUUGUCAUACUUGUGCUGUAUGUGUGAUCACAAUGUAUUCCAUAUUUAAGAUACCAAGUGUUUCCCUUUGUUCUCUC